AUGCUAAGCUUGGUAUCAGCGCAUUGUUCUCGACGAGUAUCAGCUUGUAUAUUCAGCUGUCUAUUGGUCAUCACUUGGAUCCAACAAAUAUCUCAACUAUUCGCCUCUACUCGUUUUGUUUGGGCCUUGGCAAGAGACAAUGCCUUUCCGUUCGCUACUCUGUGGCGUAAGCUCAGCAAGAGUCAAAUGCCACGAAGGGCCACGAUCCUUCUCGUCACUUUGACAAUCUUGGCCUCGUGCUUUCUUGGAGUAUCUCAAACACACGUCACAUCAUUCAUCGAAAGAUCCGAUUCGUACCUGUCUUUGAUGUGUUAUCUCAUACCUAUCGUUCUUUAUCUCAUGUGUGACAAAGAUGUUCUAUAUCGUGACGGGCGUAACUUCUGGACGCUUCAAGAAUGGAGUCGCCCAUUGGCCUGGUUGGCCUUGAUCACUCUAUUGAUGCAGAUGGUCCUAGGUGGUUGCCCGACAGAACCAAGGGCAGUGGGACCACAAUUCCCUGCUCGAGCCGUUUCGAGUGCUUCGAUUCCUUUAGUUGCUUUACUCGCGGCGGUAUCUUGGUUCCUCUAUGGUCGAGCUCACUACGUCGGCCCCAUCAAAUCAAUCACGGUGUGGACGACUGGCCAAGAAGUUGAACUUCCACGAGCAGGAAACAGCAUAGCAUCUACAGAGGAAGGCGUUGGUAGGCGAGCAAAUAUUUAUGAAGAGAGUAUACCGAUGCAAGCCACGUCAGGAUCGAUUCCUCAAAGUGAACACAUGACUUCAACCAAUCCUAGUACCUCGCUAGGCAACUCAGUUACCAUCCCAGCCUAUUCCAGCACCACAAGUAAUUCAACCGAAGCAUGA